AUGGAGCUGGCGGGGGAUCGGUACCAGGGGGGCAUCGUGCGCGGCAGGAUGGAAGGAUUCGGCUCCUACACGCUGCCGAUGGGGUCCGAGUACCGGGGCUCGCUGUGGGACGGGAUGUUCCACGGGAAGGGCGAGCUGCAGCUCUUGCGAGGCGGCGGAUACCGGGCACUUUGGGACCGCGGGGUGCCCACGCAGAUGAAAUACACUUUUGCAGAUGGUCUCGAGUACGACGAGGAAAAAUGGCAUUACUGCGAUGGCUACGACAGAAGAUUUUAUACAGAAAUCUGUUCUGGUUUUAAACCACCAGGCAUUCCUCAGCUUACAAAUCUGGAUCCUCCCAAAAUAAUCCCAGAAGGUUGUUAUGACUGUGGUGAUGGAUUCUAUAACCCCCAAACCAGAGUAGUUGUUGACUACAAGCGCAAGUUUCUGAGAAAUGCAGACAAUGAUGAGCAUGAAUGGAUCCUUCGGACCUGCCGGAAAGCCUGGGACAUAACAACGGAGCACAAACCGAAACCAUAAAACAGCUUUUCCUAGACAAUAUCCCGGCAAAGCAGGUAAUCUGAUUCACAAUAAAUGCAAUUUGUCCUCGUGGAUUUGUCUCACCCUUUCCCUCGACAGGAAUAUAAUCUUUCUGUCAUCUUUGUCAGCUCAAAGAAAAAUGGAAAUAAUCAUUUAAUCAGUCAUGCUGAGCAAAAGCCACGGCAAAAAAGCCGACUGUACUCACAAUAAUAUUCCUGAGAGGUGUGCAGUGUAGUAUGUAUAAACAUUAUUAAGCCUGAAAACAAUUUGUUAAAAAGAGUGCCUCAGAUUCGGUGUUGAAGUCAUUCAAAUCCAUCUUAAUCAACAUUAUUUUCCCAGAUUUUAGUUAGCUGUCCUGGUGAAUUCCUUUCCUCUCUUUUUGCUCAGUACUUUGAUAUUGAUUGAUCAUUGUAAUAAUGUACACCAGAGGUAUUCUUUAAUGACGGGUUUGCUAACUAGGAAAUUAUAUCCAUUUACUACGAACGUUUGUUGAACUCUCCUGAAGCCAGAGUUUAACAAAAUAAUAAAAGAG